UUAGAAAGUCUGCGUAAAACCUUCAGAUAGCCACGUGAUAUUGUGUGUUAUCUGAUCAAAACUCCAAAAACACGCGCAAAGCUGCAGGUCACAUCAAAGUCUAAAGGCAACAUGAAUUUGGAGGAGUACUUCCAAAGAAUUGGUUUCCAUGGCUCUUAUGAUAAAGUGGAUCUUGCUACACUGAAGUUGAUCCACAAACUGCACGUCAUGUCGAUUCCUUUUGAAAACCUCAGCAUUCACUGCGGUGAAAGGAUCAUCAUGGACCUCGAGGUGAUUUUUAAGAAGGUGGUGAGGAGCAGCCGUGGAGGCUGGUGUCUGGAGAACAACUUCCUGUUUGGAUGGGUGCUGAGAGAAAUGGGCUUCAACACCAUAACCUUGAGCUCCAGAGUUUUCAACAGUAUUCUGAAUGACUUUGGCGCUCUUGAUUCCCAUCUCAUUCACAAAGUCAUCAUUGAUGGGAAGGCUUAUAUAGCAGAUGUAAGCUUUGGGGUGUCAUCCCAAGUACGGGAACCAUUAGAGCUGAUGUCUGGAAAGGACCAACCACAGGAAGCAGGUAUCUUUCGUCUCAUUGACAAGGGGGACAUGUGGGUGUUGGAAAAGACUGGCAGAAAACCAGAAGUUGUUAAUCCAGAGUUCACCACUUCAAGUCUGGUGAACAGGAAGGAGACAAAAAUGAUUUACUGCUUCACACUGGAGCCCCGUGAGGCACAAUAUUUCUUUGAUACGAGCGACAGGCUCCAGAGAGACCCUGCCUCUCUGUUCACCAAUAAGUCCAUCUGCUCUUUGCAAACAUCAAAAGGAUUCAAAGCUCUGAUUGGCUGGACCUACAGUGAGGUCACCUACAAACCUGAGGAAGGCACUGAUGUGUUAGACAUGAGAAACAUAACCGAGGAUGAGAUAGACCAAGUUCUGAGGGAACACUUCAAUGUGAAGCUGCAGAACAAACUAAAGCCUGUGAACAACACAUCAUUUUACACACUUUGAAAAGCUCUUCACUGAAGAUUCAUACAGAAAACACCAUGACUGAAAUUAACUAGCUGCAGUAAAAUUUAUAUUAGUAUUGAAACAUGUAUUACACUGCUUUAAAGUAUUACCAUUAUUAUAUUAAUCUGUUCUUUAAAGUUAGGGAGUGGAGGAUGUGGUAGAAAAAUAAGCUGAAAAACUCAUACUUCUGUCAUGACUAACUUAUUAAUUAUUUAACAUUACUAAGCACUCCUAUAUUUGUUUUUUUGAGUCUUGUUUGUAUUUUGUUGUCAUGCUCAUAAUAUAUUAUCUUUCUUGGAUGUUAAGGUUUAUUUAUCUUGAAACAUGGCUGAUUGCAGUGCAAACUAGAGCACACUUACCAGUUCACACACAAGCAGCUUCUCCAUUCCUCCUAAACGCCAGUUCUAUGUGUGUUACAUAAAACAACCUAAACUGUGAUGUUUGUGUGGAACUGAUGUUUCAGUGUUAUUCUAAUAAACACACUAUCCCAAUGA